AGUCUCCUGGCCAUUCCCAAAACCUGGUCCCAGGAUUGGAGAUUUCAUCCCUCCCAGAUCUCUUUGAAAUCUCCAGGCUCCAGAUCCCAAAACAGACCUUACAAACAAAGGAGGAAAGUGAAUAGCCAUUUUCCUGCAUAUCAAACCUUUACCCUGGAGCCCCUCAACCUGCCUUGUUGAGAAUCCAGGUAGUUACUUGUGUAAUUAUGGCUUGAACUUUUCCCCAGAAAGGCUGUAGCAAUGGGCAGUCCCAUCAUAUAUGUAAGAGCGUACUCAUCGCCUGAUGACAUCUCCAACACAAAUCUGAGAUAUUAGGAUCAAAUUUGUGAAGCAGGGACGGAACUCUGUACCA